GAGAGGGAGCACAGUCAGUGAGAUGGAGUUGGCAGGAAGUCUAGUUGAAAUGAUUUGACUUCUCAGUAUAUUUACCUAGACUAUGCAGGGUGGACAUGAAGGCAUCGUCCGGAGAAGAAGGGCAGACUCAUCCAGAAGAACUGUCAAUGCUUCUAUAGACAAAAAACAGAGCAUCCUGAUAUUGCUGAUUUUGUCCCUGUACGUGACCAUGUGGUCAUCAGGAAAAAGCUGGGAGACCUCAGAAGGGAUCAAAGAAUGUAAUUACCACCAGAAUCAUGGCACUUCCAAGAACUUUGAUAAUCAGCUCAAGGACCAACCGAAGAAACCAGUCAAGCCUAUGGGACUGUGGUGGAGAGAGAGCCUGGACGUCCUUCAGGAGAGACUGGAACAAGAAUUAAGGGCCCUGGAACAACAGGUGAAAGACCUGGAAGAAUGGCUAGACUAUCACUUAAAGGAUUUGGGGUCAGAAGAAAAGUGCGUAACCCUCACAAGUCACUUCUAAGUGUUCUGGGGAUAAGGCUAGAAGGGCCUACAUGGAGGGACAGCUGAUGGAAACACUUCUGACUGUAAUGCAAUAUAACAAUGUGAACAAUUUGGAGCUUGGAUACUUGAGCUAUGCGGUAAAACAAAAAAUAAAGUAAUUUGAAAACCAAGCA